AUGUCUCAACCUUCUCUCUCAACUUCUAGCAAGCACACCAAGGAGCAAUCGAACCAUAAAAAUGUUGGUACUGAGAUAGAUCUCUCUGAUGUCAUUACUGAUGUCAUUCCCCUCUCGAUGUUUCAUGUCCAUGCAAGAACAUCUACUUCGAGGAAAGGCAAGUCCUCUAAAGUAAGUACCUCUUCCUCUCCAUCCAUGACUGCUAGAAAUAUAAAAACUCUUGAAUCCUCUACUGUUGUAAAGAAACCUCGUUCUAUGACUAGUAUGUAUCUUGAUCCCAUUAGCGUUGAACCUAAUGUUGGUGAUUUUGAAGAAUGGCAUGUUAUGCCAAAUGUUAUGGAAGAUGUUGAAGCCUCUGAAACCAGUAAUAGACCUAGUCAAAGACUGACUCCAAGAAUAGAUAAAAGAUUUAAUAACAUAAAAGGUCAAGCUAUUGAAUCCUCCAGCACGCCCUCCAAAUCUCUCAGGAAAAGAGCUAGUGUUGGCCCUACAAAAAGAUGGAGAAAGGUUAUUACUCCCGUUUAUAAGAAGAAAUCUCUUAAGAGGAAGGAAGUUCCUUCCGAGUCUAGUGAUUCGGACCGUGAUGUCGAACACAAUGUUCAGGACAUUGUUUCUACUGCUAGAAAGCAAGCAUUUGGGAAGAAGAUUCCAGCAAAUAUUCCGGAAGUUCCAAUUGACAACAUCUCCUUUCACUCUAUAGAGAAUGUUGAAAAAUGGAAAUUUUUUUAUCAAAGAAGAUUAACACUUGAAAGUGAACUAGGCAAAGAUGCUUUUGAAUGCAAAGAGGUGAUGAGUCUGAUUCAAGAGGCUGGAUUAAUGAAAACUGUGACUGGAUUUGGCAAGUGUUAUGAAAUGCUUGUUAAAUAA